AUGAUCCUUAAGUCGUUACUCGUUUUUUUAAUACUUUCCAUCGUAUUGGCGUUCGCCCAUCGUUGUGGCAACAGAAGUCACGGAGGUCACCACCACGGCAAUGAUACGUCGCUUUGGGAUAGUCGAUUCAAGCGUCAUCAAAAAAUGAUAAAGGCAGAUUUCUGGGCGCUGGUUGAUGAAAGAAGGGAGCCUGCCAGGACUGAACUGCUGACCGCUUUGCAAAACGGCACUCCCAUUCCGGAUUUUAUAAACAGGCACUGUAUCCGUUUUUUUGAAAAGUUGAGUCCGGAAGAAAGAGAUGAAACCAUGACGUUUCUGAAAGAGUUGGACAUGAAAAAUCUUCCUAAAUAUAAUCAAAAUUUAGACUUCAAAGCAGUUCAGAAAUACCGAACCUAA